UUUACCAGUCACAGAGGAACACCAGGGUUCUGUUUGAUAAGGGAGAACAGCAACUCAGCAUCGCUGGUUAAAAUAAACCCAAAACUGGUUCUGGGCAAAAGGGAGGGAAGUGUUCCCCACACCCUGACGAAGCGGUCACAGCUUCCUUCAGAGAGUCUCGGGUCCAGAGACCCUCUCUCAACACAAAGAAACAUCUUAUGGGCCGGGCAUGGUGGCUCACGCCUGGAAUCCCAGCACUUUGGGAGGCCAAGACGGGUGGAUCAUUUGAGGUCAGCAGUUUGAGACUAGCCUGGCCAACGUAGUGAAAGCCCAUCUCUACUAAAAAUACAAAAAUUAGCCGAGUGUGGUGGCGUGCACCUGUAAUCCCAGCUGUUUGGGAGGCUGAGACAGGAGAAUCGCCUGAGCCUGGGAGGCGGAGGUUGUGGUGAGCCGAGAUCGCACCACUGUACUCCAGCCUGGGCGACAGAGUGAGACCCUGUCCCCCCCCCCAAAAAAAAAAAAAGAUAAGAAACAUCUUAUGCCAUCUUGGCCUUUUAUUUAAAUUUUGCUUCAUGUCGGGUCAUGGUGUCUGAAAUCAAGAGUUUGCGUGAGCCACCGCGCCCGUCCGGAUACUGUAAAGAUCUAAAGAUCUGCAUUUUAGAAAACAAAUGAUGUCCAGGAAGGCAAAAGGCCUAAUUCUGGUGGUGGUUCUUGAAUUCACUUUGAGACUAAACCGGGGAGUUGACAAAUAAUGGGAAGAAAUUGUUUCAUCCAGAAGCCACCAGAUUUUGCUGCUGCCGUUCUUGUGCAGUGUCUGCUAUGGGUGAUGCAGAUUGUCCCCUUGUGCAGAUUGUCCUGUUAUGGGUGGUCCAGAUUGUCCUGCUAUCUCUGAAAAAAGGGGCAGCAAGCACCACUCAUUGUGGUUUUCUUUCCUUGCACGUGAGAGUCAAGUAGUGGUGCCAGGUUCUGAUCUUUACAUUUGCUUGAUGGAGGCUGCCUUCCAGGAGAAAGCUCCACGGCGAGUGCAUUCUGUUCUCUGCAGCUUGGGAAGAAUGAGCCCUAAAAACACACCGGUCACUGCCCAUAGCAGCCCUGGGCAGUGGGUACUGAGGUCUUCAGCCUUACGUUGCAAAUGAGGAAACUGGGUUUAGAAGGCUGUGUAACUUCACAGAGGACAGACUUGAACUUGGGCGUUCUAGCCCCCUAGGCUACUGCUGAAGCAGCUGUCUGCUCCCAGAGAAGGAAAUGGCGGCCACCCUAUGUGGCCUUCAGCUGUCAGGAAUGUGCCGCAGAUGCCCCCACCUGUCCCAAAUCUGGUUGGGACAAUAGAUUCAAUACCUGAAAUAGUAGAAAGAAACUAAAAGUAGCUAUGUUGGUGGAAGACUUGGAUAGACAUCUAGUUUUUAUCAAAACCAGCUGGACUGGUGGGCAAAACCUGGGGACAGUUGUAACUGCUCUUUCCAAUCCUAACAUCCCCCAAAAGCAGCUUUAGCUCACUCCCUCCUUGGGGAACCCCUCAGCAAAGGACAUUUACUUAGUUCACAGCUGCUUUUGGUCAAGGCUGAGAUGGUAGGCAUGGUUUGGGGGAGGGAAGAGGGGAGUGCGUGUGUAGAACCCGGGCCAGUGGGAGAAGGUUCUGCGGCUGAGGGUGGGCGACUGUCUGCCAUCAUCUUUUUAUUGUGAAAUAUUGUACAACACCAAAGAAUGUAUGUAACAUGUACGGUAUCAAGGACAUUAAAAUCAACAACCAGGACCCUGCCCUGCCCACCUGAGAGGGAACACUCCCUGUGGAGCCCAUUCGCCCACCCAGCCCCAUGUCUGUGCCAGGCCCUCGCUCACCUGUUUGUAAGUUUUUGUUUCUUUGUCAUCCUACAAGAAACUUUUUUCAAAAUCCAAAUAAUGAAAUUAUCUAGAAACAUUUUAGUUAUAUAAAUCAUUUUAGGGUUGAAUUGCUGAAAACUUCAUGAAAAUUUCUAUUUGCAUUAAUGCUCAGUCCCCACAUUUAUAUUGAAACUUUUCACAGAUCAGAGUGGAGCAUGUCUUCAUGUAUCUGGCCUUGUCCCCCCGUUUUUUAUCCCCACACAUAUGUUUAGCUACCUUUGGGCACCAUGAGGAAAAAGGGUUGAGACGACAAAUAGCAGCAUGAGUAGCUGCUUCCCACCGUGACAGCGCCUGGGCAGGGUGGCGGGGUGGCCCUGAAUGACUGGCACACUUGGGCACAGGCAGCCUUGGUUCUCUUUUCAAACCCAUUGGCUUCACUUGUUCCUGCAAAAACACCAGUAGCAGUAAGUCCAUUGAGCACAAGUGCAUUGAGAGGCAAGAGCAUGUUGCUUUUACUGUAUUUUAUCCAUUCUCUAAUGCCAUGGAUGACGGGGCACAUUGUUACUUACAGCUAACAAAAGGGGUGGUUCUGCUGAGACAUUUGGGGGGUAGGGAGGAAAAAGAAACAGGCCAGGUGCAGUGGCUUACACCUGUAGUCUCAGCUCUUCUGGAGGCUGAGGCAGGAGGAUGGCUUGAGUUCGGGAGGUUAAGGCUGCAGUGAGCUGUGAUGGUGCCACUGCCCUCCAGCCUGGGUGACAGCAGGACCCCUGUUAAAGAAAGAAAGAUGGUGUCAGUAAAUACAUCAUCAGUCACAUCAGUCGGUACACCAUCAGUACACCAUCAGUCACAUCAGUCAGUACACGAUCAGUCAGUAUACCAUGAGUACACCAUCAGUCAGUACACCAUCAGUCACAUCAGUCAGUACACCAUCAGUCAGUACGCCAUUAGUCACAUCAGUCAGUACACCAUCAGUCACAUCAGUCGGUACACCAUCAGUCACAUCAGUCGGUACACCAUCAGUCACAUCAGUCGGUACACCAUCAGUCACAUCAGUCAGUACACCAUCAGUCAGUACGCCAUUAGUCACAUCAGUCAGUACACCAUCAGUCACAUCAGUCGGUACACCAUCAGUCACAUCAGUCGGUACACCAUCAGUCACAUCAGUCGGUACACCAUCAGUCACAUCAGUCGGUACACCAUCAGUCACAUCAGUCAGUACACCAUCAGUCAGUACGCCAUUAGUCACAUCAGUCAGUACACCAUCAGUCACAUCAGUCGGUACACCAUCAGUCACAUCAGUUGGUACACCAUCAGUCAGUACACCAUCAGUCACAUCAGUCGGUACACCAUCAGUCACAUCAGUCAGUACGCCAUUAGUCACAUCAGUCAGUACACCAUCAGUCACAUCAGUCGGUACACCAUCAGUCACAUCAGUCAGUACGCCAUUAGUCACAUCAGUCAGUACACCAUCAGUCACAUCAGUCGGUACACCAUCAGUCACAUCAGUCAGUACGCCAUUAGUCACAUCAGUCGGUACACCAUCAGUCACAUCAGUCGGUACACCAUCAGUCACAUCAGUUGGUACACCAUCAGUCAGUACACCAUCAGUCACAUCAGUCGGUACACCAUCAGUUCAGAUGGAUCAUGAGUCCAUGCCACAUAGUCUUUUGAAUACAUGAAAGUUUUAGUGUUAUGCGAUGCGGUCUGUAUUCUGUACCUUUCUUUGACCCAGAGUAUUCCUGAGAUUCUUCCCCAUCGAUUGCAGCUCUAGGUAAUUGAUUUUCAUUGUUUGAUCGUCUACAUAGCUGUAUAAAGUAGCUUCCUCUUACUGAUUCUGUGUUGAGCCCUGGGGAGCUUCUAGCAUUUGCUCUUAGGGACAGUGCUUUUGUGCACAUCUUGUCCAUGUGUCUGGGGCACACGUGCCAGCACCUACAUCUGAAGGUGCAGUGGCUGUUGCUUGGUACGUGCAAAUGUCCAGUUCUGCAAGAUAACGCAGACGUCCGCAUAUUGAUACGUAUCGAUUUUUCCAAGGUGGUUAUGCAUAUUUCCAUUCCCCCCUGCAGUGCAGCCAAGUUUUGUGUAACCCACACCAUCCUCAGCCUCACAACACUGUUUUCAGCAGGGCAGAGGGUGAAAAAGGCAGAAAUAAAGCUGCUGUUACUGGCAUAUGAUGUGAUGUAAUUUCCUACAUAGGGAUCUCAGAACAGAUUAGAGAGUUUAGCAAAUUUAAGAUCAAAAUAUAAAAUCAAUUCAUUUUGUUAAACCAACAAUUUAAUUGGUUACAAAAUGUAAUUUAAAAAAUACUGCUUACAGUAGCAAAAAGGUAUUUAGGGAUAAAUUUUAAGGCAGAUAAGAUCUGUAUGCAGAAAAUAUAUAAACUUUAUUGAAGGACAUUAAGGAAGAUUUGCCUAAUUCUCCUCUAUGUUCAGAGAAAGGAAGAUGCCAGGUGUCAGGUCUCCCAAAGUUGCUCUUAACAUUCAGUGACGUUCCCAUUGACAUCCAGCCACUUCUCUUUCCUGACAAGGUGACUAGAAUUCACUGAGAAGAGUGCAAGUCCAGGAUUAAUUAAAACACUUGUGAAGAAGAGGGCCGUUUGCCCUGCAAACACCAGCACUUACUAUAAAGCUGUCGCGAUGAAACUUUGUGUAGUUCUGGCCACGAGAAGGGCUUAGAAGGAGGACAGCCUAGAACACUGAGCACACCGGGCCUCAGGGGUUUCUAAGUAUUUAUCGCUCUCUGUUAAGAGGAGUCCUGAGUGCUUGGAGAAGCAGCUGAUUCCAGGGCUGGGGCAGGAAGAAGGAAGGUGAAUCUGGAACACGUGGCAGAAAGAAAAGAACGACAGGCAUUUGUUGUGAAGGUACGGAAAAAAGCUUGAAAGGUGAUCUGUUGCCUAAAUUUGGGACAGUGAAAACUUCAAAAUGAGUAUUAAGAAGAAGGAACUGUGACUCAUUGGAGUGGAGAAAGGGAAUUUGGGAAUCCAUAAUGCUGCAUCUAGAGAGAGAAAAGAAUUCACAAAUCCGUAAUAAGGUUGAGUAUCUGAAACACCCAAAAUCAGAAACUUUAUGAGUGCUUAACAUGAUGCUCAAAGGAGAUGCUAAUGGGGGCGUUUGGAUUUUCAGAUUAGGGAUGCUCAACUGUGAUGCAGAAUGCAACUGUUCCAAAAUCUGAAAGUAGAUAUGUAUUUGCGUAUAUAUAUCUCUCUCAUACAUAUUUUCAGGUUUAUAUAUACAUUUAUGUUUUUUAUAUAAAUAUAUACAUACGUAUAAAAGACCGAAACAUAAAUACACAUAUAUAUGUAUAUGCCUCAUGCCUUUAAGUUUUUUUUUUUUGAGACAGUCUCAUUCUGUCACCCAGGCUGGAGUGCAGUGGUGCAAUCAUGGCUCACUGCAGUCUCCACUUCCUGGGCCUAAGCCAUCCUCCCUCCUUAGCCUCCCGAGUAGCUGGGACUGUAGGCACACAGCACCAUGCCUAGCUAAUUUUUAAAAUUUUUUUGUAGAGACGGGGGUCUCACUAUGUUUCUUUCUGGUCUCAAACUUGGACUUAAGUGAUCUCCCACUUCCACCUCCAACGUGCUGGGAUUAUAGGCCUGAGCCUGGCCAGUUAAAAAACUUUUCGAAGGUGGAAUACAGUCGAAAUCUAUAGUAACGUUUCAUGGCUUUCUCUGCUGAUUUGAACAUCCGGGUUCAUUCAGUUGACCUCUUACUCCAGGUUUGUUUUCCACUUCGGAUGCCGGACAUUGAGAAUGUCACGCAUGCUGUGCUCUUCCACGUUCUGCAGGCUCCUCCUCAGCUCUCUUCUGGGAUGAGGUUGGGUUCCAUGGAUCUGUUCAGUCUGGCGUUUGUGCUUAUGCUCCCAGCAGUGCAGGGGGCAGCCCAGGGCGCCCUCUCACGGCUCCUUCCCGCCCUCAGGCACGGCUGUCAUUGGCUGGCAUGGCUGUCAGUCAUUGGCCGGGCCCAGCGUUGUGGAAACCACCCUGUGAUGUGUGAGGCUGUGUGUUUUGUUUUUUCCUUUAGUUUCUUAAGGUGUGAGGGCGAAUCAGGCCUCUAUUACUGUUUUUGUUAGAAGUAGAAGUAACUUUUACACUUUAAAAAAAAAACAAUACCAUGUCUUUUUGACGCUGAGGGCAGAAACUUUUUUAAUGUAAGGUACCGAAAGCACUCAUAAAGGAAAAGAUUGAGGCAUUCAUAUUCAUGAAAAGUCUUUUCAUCAAGAAACUCCGGAAGAAAAUAAAAAGCGUGCCAUUAACUGAGAGAUACUUGCCUCACAAAAAAACCUGCAAUGAUUUAGUAUCUAGAAGUUAUAAAGAACUACUAUAAAUAGGAAAAAGAUACCAUGAUAGAAAAACUUAGCCAAAAAAGAAA